CCGGUGGCGGCGGCGCGGGCCGCAACAGGCAGCGGCCGGCGAGCGCGAGGACCGCGCGCCGCGAGGCCCCGCGCGUGCGUGCAGCCUCUCCUCGCUCGCUCGCGCGCUCGGGCGGGCUGAGGAGACGGGCUGAGGAGACGCGCGAGCCCCCGCCGCCGCCGCCGAAGCUGGGCGUCCGCUCGGCGCCGCCUCGAUCCCCGUCACCCCCGCGCCCCCCGAGCCCGGCCCCGCCAUGGCGGAUCGCGGAGGGCCGGGCGGUGGGCCCGGAGGCGCCGGGGGCGGCAGCGGCCAGCGGGGCUCCGGGGUCGCCCAGUCGCCGCCGCAGCCGCCGCCGCCUCAGCAGCCGCCGCCCCAGCAGCCGACGCCCCCCAAGCUGGCCCAGGCCGCCUCGUCGUCCUCGUCCACCUCGGCGGCGGCCGCCUCGUCCUCGUCCUCGUCCACCUCCACCUCCACGGCCGUGGCGGUGGCCUCGGGCUCCGCGCCUCCCGGCGGCCCGGGGCCAGGCCGCACCCCCGCCCCCGUGCAGAUGAACCUGUACGCCACCUGGGAGGUGGACCGGAGCUCGGCCAGCUGCGUGCCCAGGCUUUUCAGUUUGACCCUGAAGAAACUCGUCAUGCUAAAAGAAAUGGACAAAGAUCUUAACUCUGUGGUCAUUGCCGUGAAGCUGCAGGGUUCAAAAAGGAUUCUUCGCUCCAAUGAGAUCAUCCUUCCAGCCAGUGGACUGGUAGAAACAGAGCUCCAGUUAACCUUCUCCCUGCAGUACCCCCAUUUCCUGAAGCGGGAUGCCAACAAGCUGCAGAUCAUGUUGCAAAGGAGAAAGCGUUACAAGAAUCGGACCAUCCUGGGCUAUAAGACCCUGGCCGUGGGGCUCAUCAACAUGGCAGAGGUGAUGCAGCACCCUAACGAAGGCGCCCUGGUGCUCGGCCUGCACAGCAACGUGAAGGACGUCUCUGUGCCUGUGGCAGAAAUAAAGAUCUACUCGCUGUCCAGCCAGCCCAUUGACCACGAGGGCAUCAAAUCCAAGCUGUCUGACCGUUCUCCUGACAUUGACAAUUAUUCUGAGGAAGAGGAGGAGAGUUUCUCAUCAGAACAGGAAGGCAGUGACGAUCCAUUGCAUGGGCAGGACCUGUUCUACGAAGAUGAGGAUCUGCGGAAAGUGAAGAAGACCCGAAGGAAAUUGACCUCGACCUCUGCCAUCACAAGGCAACCUAACAUCAAGCAGAAGUUUGUUGCCCUCCUGAAGCGGUUUAAAGUUUCAGAUGAGGUGGGCUUUGGACUGGAACACGUGUCCCGGGAGCAGAUACGAGAGGUGGAGGAGGACCUGGACGAGCUGUACGACAGCCUGGAGAUGUAUAACCCCAGCGACAGUGGCCCCGAGAUGGAGGAGACAGAGAGCAUCCUGAGCACCCCAAAGCCCAAGCUCAAGCCCUUCUUUGAGGGGAUGUCGCAGUCCAGCUCUCAGACGGAGAUUGGCAGCCUCAACAGCAAGGGCAGCCUCGGCAAAGACACCACCAGCCCUAUGGAAUUGGCUGCUCUAGAAAAAGUCAAAUCUGCUUGGAUUAAAAAUCAAGAUGACAGCUUGACUGAGACAGACACCCUGGAGAUGACUGACCAGGACAUGUUUGGAGAUGUGAGCACGAGUCUGGUUGUGCCAGAGAAAGUCAAAACUCCCAUGAAGUCCAGCAAAGCAGAUCUCCCCGGCUCUGCCUCACCCAGCAAGGUGGACGGAGCGCACACCCCCCGGCAGAAGAGGAGCACGCCCCUGAAGGAGCGGCAGCUCUCCAAGCCCCUGAGUGAGAGGACCAACAGCUCCGACAGCGAGCGGUCCCCUGACCUGGGCCACAGCACUCAGAUCCCGAGGAAGGUGGUGUACGACCAGCUGAAUCAGAUCCUGGUGUCAGAUGCGGCCCUCCCAGAAAACGUCAUCCUCGUGAACACCGCUGAUUGGCAGGGCCAGUACGUGGCAGAACUGCUCCAGGACCAGCGGAAGCCUGUCGUGUGCACCUGCUCCACCGUGGAGGUCCAGGCUGUGCUGUCUGCCCUGCUUACCCGCAUCCAGCGCUACUGCAACUGCAACUCCUCCAUGCCCAGGCCGGUGAAGGUGGCGGCGGUGGGAGGCCAGAGCUACCUGAGCUCCAUCCUCCGGUUCUUUGUCAAGUCCCUGGCCAGCAAGACCUCCGACUGGCUCAGCUACAUGCGCUUUCUCAUCAUUCCCCUCGGUUCUCACCCUGUGGCCAAGUACUUGGGCUCCGUUGACAGUAGAUACAGCAGUACCUUCCUCGAUUCUGGCUGGAGAGACCUGUUCAGUCGCUCGGAGCCCCCAGUGUCAGAGCAACUGGACGUGGUGGGGCGGGUGAUGCAGUACGUCAACGGGGCGGCCGUCACCCACCAGCUGCCCGUGGCCGAGGCCAUGCUGACCUGCAGGCACAAGUUCCCCGAUGAGGACUCCUAUCAGAAGUUCAUCCCCUUCAUCGGCGUGGUGAAGGUGGGUCUGGUUGAAGACUCUCCUUCCACUGCAGGUGACGGGGACGAUUCACCUGUGGUCAGCCUUACCGUGCCCUCCACAUCACCGCCCUCCAGCUCGGGCCUGAGCCGAGACGCCACAGCUACCCCGCCGUCCUCCCCGUCCAUGAGCAGCGCCCUCGCCGUGAUGGGGAGCCCCAACAGCCCAUAUGGGGACGUGAUUGGCCUCCAGGUGGACUACUGGCUGGGCCACCCCGGGGAGCGGAGGAGGGAUGGUGACAAGAGGGACGCCAGCUCCAAGAACACCCUCAAGAGCGUGUUCCGCUCAGUGCAGGUCUCCCGCUUGCCCCACGGCGGGGAGGCCCCACCUUCUGGCACUAUGGCGAUGACCGUGGUCACCAAAGAGAAGAACAAGAAAGUUCCCACCAUCUUCCUGAGCAAGAAACCUCGAGAAAAGGAGGUAGACUCCAAGAGCCAGGUCAUCGAAGGCAUUAGCCGCCUCAUCUGCUCUGCCAAGCAGCAGCAGACCAUGCUGAGAGUGUCCAUCGAUGGAGUCGAGUGGAGCGACAUCAAGUUCUUCCAGCUGGCAGCCCAGUGGCCCACCCAUGUCAAGCACUUUCCAGUAGGACUGUUCAGUGGCAGCAAGGCCACCUGAGGGUGCUGUCUUCUGGCCACGCUCCCGCCCGGCACUGCCACCAGCCUCACCGCCUGCGGGCAGGGGGAGGCCGGCAGGCCCGGGCGCAGCAUUCCCUUUCCUGGCCCUGCAGCCAGCCUCUCCCUGCCCAGUCCUGAAGGAUACUGCCACUGGGGACCUGCUCCCCUGCCCCAGGCCCAUUCCUGGUCCGCCCCUUCCCUCCCUGCUCCAGGCGGCAUGUUGAUUUUGCCUUCUGGGCCUACCUGGACUGGGUCGCUGGGCCUGCCUUCACCUGCCUUCCAACCUUUCCCCCAGGUGAUGCCAUUUCUCUUCCUGGAAAUAGGAAGCCUGGAAUCUUGGUCCUCCCCGUCCUGCCACUGGGAUCCCUCAUGUUUUUGUUUUUGUUUUUCUUCCUAAAGCCCAGCUGCCAUAUCCUACUCAGCCUGCACCCCUAAGUGGGGACCAGGCAGGUGGGCUACUUCCCACUGCUGCGGGGUUCUCACAGCGAAAGGGGCAACCCCCUACCCCUCCACAGUCCCAGGGGCAGCUCCCUCACCCCCAGAACACUGUCUCCAUGGCAGUGCCAUACGUUUCUGGGGAGGGAGCGGCCUUCCUGGUCUCCCCCAUGCACGACUUCCUCACCGCCCCCCUGCAGGCCCUGUAGAUGUCACAUGGGUCCUGGAGUGUCUCUUCAGUUCUGCACAGCCGUUCUCUCGGUGGCCCCGUGUACAGGGCCUGCACACAGGUCCCUGUCCUUGUGGCCCCUCCUCGUUGAUGAUUGCCUCUUCCUGAAACUGAACUCGGGGAGAUGGAGGCAGACCCCCACCUACACAGUGUGUGUGGCCCCUUGUGCCCUGGUCCCACUGUCUCUUCCUGGUCUGUUCCUCCCUCCUCGCUCCUGGGCCCCUGGCCUAGGCUGAGACCCCAUCCUCCUGGCCAGGUCUCCGGCAGGCUCCGUGUCCUCGCUUUUGCCGCAGACUUGGGGGUCUGAGCCCCUCAACCUUGACCACCAGAGUUCUCAGGAGAGGCUGAGCCCAUGAGGCCAGGCCUGCCUCGGCCCUCCCGCCCCCGCCAGCACCACCAGGGCUUCACCGUUGUCCUCUCACCCUUUCUGGAUGUUUUUGCACAGAGCUUCGUUUUGAAAAGUAUUUUUCUCAUUCUCCAUACCUCCCCCAAACUCCUCCAGCCUUUACCCCCAGCUCAGCCCUGCCGUCCAACGUGUCUCCUGGGCUGGCCCGCUCUCAGGCCGGAGAGAGAGGAGGGGCGGGAGGGACUGAGUGAUGUCGGGUUUUUCAUUCAAUAAACUGGUGAUUUCUUACCACCUAGCAAGCCUUGGGCAUCUGUGCCUCUCCCUGUGACCAGCCCCUUAACAAAACACAGCCAGCUCCACUCAAAAUCCACUGGGGACAGGCCAGAAAGCAGCAAUCUCCCAUUUCUUAGUCAUAGAAGAGAGGUGUGGAGGGGUCUUGCCCAGAGACGGCAGGUUCCCAGUGGAAACCUCUUUUCCUCCAGGGCCCACCGCCCAAGCCCGCCUUUCAAGGGCAGUUCCCGCUGUUGUGACUGGAGAUUAGAUUUAGCUCUCUCCCCGUAAUUUCUCGAAAUGCGUGGUCUGAGGACAAAGGGGCUUUGCCUUUGCGGGUGGAGAGGGUGGGGUGGAGUCCGUCAUGCGGUUUUCUUUCCUGCACUUUUAACUGGGAGGUACAACUCAGCCACCACUCCCUGCCAGCCUGGUUCUCCUGCCUCAGGACAUGCCACACCGCCGCCCUUGAAGUGCCCAGAUGGGGGCUCGCUUGGUGUCUUCGUCCACAGAGGAGUGGAAGGCCAAGUACACAGGCUGUCUCUGGCUCCCCAAGCCCCGUGGCCAGAUGACCUCACGGAGGGAGGCCCUAGGACCCAGCACGCGGUGCUGUGCGCACUCUGAGACUAGAAAGUGGAAAUAACUCGGCCGCCUCCGCACAGGGAGAAGCCCAUGAAGUCUGCGAAAGUGGCCCAGAAAGGCCAUCUGUACAAGGUGGACAAUCUGGCAGGUGAAAAAAAUCAGCAGGCCAAGUCAGAUGGUGUCAGGUAACUAGAAAGGAAGUAAGAGUUGUCGGGGCAGUGACAGUGCCCACGAAGGCCUUGAGGAGCCGGCAGC